CGUAAGUAGUCACUUAUUAUUACGAUACUUCAAGAGCCAAAUUUCCAGGUUAGUUACCGACAAAAUAUCAACGGAAAAGGCGUUUUCACUCCAAGUUUAUACCUCAUUCAUUACCAUACACGAGAAAAUCAACACGUACGGUGUUGAUCUAUUCAAACUAAUUCUUCAGUCAGACAAGAAUUUGGUACAAAAUCAAUUUCACCAGAUCGUAAGAAGAAUCCAAGGUUUCCAACUGUAGUCGCCGUUCCAGGUGUGUCAAUUUGGAGCGAUUUCACAUCUACCGAAAAAUUUGAAAUCCGAUACAUUUAAAAAUGAAUAAGAUCGCACUUAUUGCACAGUACACUCAGAUUUUGAAAGAAUUUCCUGGGAGUAUGAAAUUAUGCUUUGCUUAUGGGUCAGGUGUAAUGAAACAGAAGGUUGGCGAUCUCUCUAAAAACAUGUUGGAUCUUGUGUUUGUUGUGGGUAAUCCUGGUCAGUGGCACAAAGAAAAUAUUGAGCGUAAUCCUGGCCAUUAUGCUUGGAUGAUGCAAAAGCUGGGUCACAAAGCCGUGGCACAUGUUCAAGAAAGAUGGGAUGCAAAGAUUUAUUACAAUACUUUGGUGAAGACUAAAGAAGGCAGGCUCAUCAAGUAUGGAGUGAUUUCUGAGGUAUCUUUGAUUGAAGAUCUCUUAGAUUGGAAUGUUCUUUACUUAGCUGGCAGAUUACACAAGCCUGUCCAGGUUUUGGUAAAACCUCUGGAAGAAUCUGCCUUGCGACGAGCACUCCUACAAAAUUUACACUCCGCCGUACACGCUGCACUUAUUAUGCUGCCUGAGCAUUUUUCGGAGGCAGAUUUUUACCGGGCAAUUGCCAGUCUCUCUUAUAAUGGGGAUUUUAGAAUGAUAUUUGGUGAGGACAAGAAUAAAGUGAACAACAUCGUGAUUCCUCAGCUGCAAAGAUUUAGAUCUUUGUACGGACCUGUUCUGAAGCACUUUGAUAGAUAUAUUGAGAUACCAAAAGCCGACGAAGCUGCAGUCAUGUGUCAUCAAGACACUAGCCCUUUUGCAAGAAUUCACCAUCUUAAUCACUUGCCACGAAUGCCGCGAGUGAAACUUGUUCGAUCUUGGUCUCAGGGGCCAAGAUCUAGAGAUACCGAAGACUGUCUACGUGCUAUUGCUCACGAUCCAGAAUGCAGUGAAAUUCUAGAGCAAUGCCUCAAAGAUAUUGUCUGGAGAUCCAGUGUCUCCCAGAGUUUGAAAGGAAUCAUUACGGUGGGAAUAGCUAAGUCAAUUAAAUACAGUGGAGCUAAAAUAACUAAGAUGAUGCAAAGUCAGAAGCAGGAUGUGAUUGUAUUGCCAGAAUCCAGAAAUCAUACAUCCAAAACUAAGGCUACUGCUGAAGCACUUUUUCAGAAGGCGGUUGAAACUCAAGAUGGAAAAAAUACAUCUAAAUGAAUACAAUACAAUCACUUCUUGCUGAGUUAUUGUUAUUUCGAUUUUACCUUAUAGUAUAAUGCGAUAUCCUCUGUACUGACAAAUAAAUUAUUGAAAGCUUGUAUAUCGACAAGCAAUUAAUAAUUCGAUAUUUAA